UAAAACUUAGGACGUCGGGGAAAAAUUAGUUCAGAAGAUGUGGGCAUAUUACCGAAGUGAGCAGGAAAGGCUUCGUGUUUUGAAAACUUCACUGGAUAAAAGUUUUUUUGUCCAUAACUCUGUUUAUGAAGAAGCUAUUUUUACAUCUGAGAUGCGUUUGAUGAAAGCAAACAUGAAAAUUCUGCAAGACAAGCUGCUUAAGGAAAUGCAUGAAGAGGAACUUCUCAACAUACGCAGAGGACUAGCAUCAUUGUUCAAGGCUCAUCAAGGAAAUGUGUGA